GCUUGGCAGGGCUGGGGGUUGGAUAUUGGUGUUGGUGGUCUAAUUAGUGAAGUCGAAACUGGAAAAGUGAAAUUUUCAAUCAAUGAGAGAAAGAAUGAAGCAGCGCAGGUACGCAAUGGUGUGCUCGUCAAACCAGAAUCGGAGUAUGGAGGCUCACUCGCUACUGAAGCGGCAGGGCUUCGACGUCUCCUCGUACGGCACCGGCGCUCACGUCAAGCUCCCAGGCCCUUCUCUCCGCGAGCCCAACGUCUACGACUUCGGCACUCCCUACAAGCACAUGCUCGACGAUCUCCGCCGCAAAGACCUCGAAUUGUACAAGAGAAAUGGGAUUCUGCCAAUGCUUAAGAGGAAUUCGUCGGUUAAAACGGCACCGCAGCGGUGGCAGGACAAUGCCGCCGAUGGUUCCUUUGAUGUGGUGUUCACGUUUGAGGAAAAGGUUUUUGAUAUGGUCAUUGAAGAUCUUAACACCCGCGAACAUGUACUCAUGAAAAGUGUGCUGAUAAUCAACUUGGAGGUGAAAGACAACCAUGAGGAAGCAGCAGUUGGAGCUAGGCUUGCUUUAGAACUAUGUCAAGAGAUUGAAGCGACUGAAUCAUGGGAGGAUUCAAUUGACGACAUUUUGACUGCUUUUGAAAAACAACAUCGGCGAAAAUUGUUGUAUAGUGUCUCCUUCUAUUGAAAUUGUGCCAUCACUGAAUUUGCAACGUCCGAUUCCAUUGAUGCUGAUAAUGUCUUUGUUAACCUCAGAAUCUCCCCCCACUGUAGUUUAAAGAUUACCUUAUGCCACAUUUCGUUGCGCUACAUUUUAAUUUAUAGUACAAUGUAACUUCUUUAAUAUGACGAGGUUCAAUGAGUUCUUCCAGCAAAAAGUAAAAAGACAUUCUUCUUAUUUUUACUUUUGUUAGAUAAACUGUAGACAUCCAUUUAAACGAAGUUGCUAUAUUUUGGUGACAGCAGAAUGCACGAAUAAUUUUGUCUACUUCCAAAAGGGCUUUCGUUGG